UCCGAAUCGCUCGGCGAAAGCUUUCUCCUUCGCCACGGUUUCCUCGCAGGAACCAUAAAAAAUCAUUUCACGUUGACGCCAGUUGCCAGGCCAUGAAAAACCCUCGCUCCACGUUCUGGAACGAAAUUCAUUAGGAGCAGAUGGAUCGUGAUCGAUUUUCUGUUUCCUCGUCAUCGAUUUCAUUCAUUUGAAUAUUUAUGAGUAAAAAAUCAAUCAGGGACCUGUUAACCAAGCUUGCGUUGAACUUGUCUCGAUCGGGAAGAUAGGUAAAAAUCAACGCCAAAGCCACGUAUGGUAAUUUGCCCCAGUCACCCGUGGGAUCUACCGCUUCAUAGUCAGUCUCGUCGGUUUGAUCGGACAUAAUUUAACCGAUUAAAAAUAAAAAAGGCAAACACAAAAUUACGCGAAAUUUAGAGUGUUGUGUAUAUCCGUGUAUAAAAAGACUAUGAACGAACGUAGCAUCGCAUCGGUCUUUUAGAUCAUCGAUUCAUCGUUGCCUCAGAAAACGCAGAUUUCACACAUGUUUAACAUUCAGUGAUAUUUUCGAAUACCAUUUCUUGCGGACAGUAGUUAUUUUUAGCAAUGAGAACAUAAUUUGUUUAGACGAAAUUUAACCAGUGGAGAGCCUUGAAUUUUUUAUAAAAAUUGAAUCUUCUAUAUCGCAAAUUGAUCGUACAAAAUUGAGGACUGUGAGUGGUUUGCAUGCUGUUAAUAAUACCAACGAGCUAAUUCCGGAGAUUGAUUCGUGAAGUUGGUCUGACCGAUUACGAAUCGCGGGUGUUGAGCAAAACACUUUAAGUGCUCCGUUUCGUUGGUGACCAAUUGUUGUUGACCCUUCAAUUACCGUAAUUACCUUCGUUAUUAAUAAACGGAUAAUGAGGAUGCUGCCAGUCGUCAGUACGGUUGUAGCAACCCACGCAACACGUUGCAAUCGACUAUUUUCUUUAUACAGACCCGUUAAGCAAUUGUCAAAGCGAUGGAUCUCAAGUUCCUGUUAUUGUUAGCGAUAGCCUUGAGGACCGCGCUCACUUCCGUUGGUAAAGUUUGCAUGGAAACCGCGACCGAGUGCGCCGAAGUCAGCGUUGAGGAGGUGGCGACGACCGUCAUAAACCUCGAGGAACUUGAGAGCAAAAUAUCUCGACUUGAGAGGAGACUGAGAGCCGUAGAGCAGCCAGUGUGGCAGAUCAGCGGAAGACCCGAUGAUUGGGAAGUCUGCGCCGAAGGUCCGUGCAGAUGCAGGCCGGAAACGAGGUCGAUAUCCUGUUGGGGGAGAAAUUUUUUGGACGUACCACCAACGCAGCUGGUACCAAACGACCUGCUGAAGUUGGACCUCGGAAGCAACCAGCUGACGGCCCUGCACAGGGACACUUUCUUGGACUUGAGGCAGCUGGUUCAUCUAGACUUGAGUGACAACCAGAUCGAACACUUGCCGCUGAACCUCUUCUUCUCUCUUCACGCUGUCACGCAUCUCAGACUUAGCAACAACAUGCUGCGGGAGCUACACCGGAACCAGCUACUCCGGAUGCGUCGGCUUCACAUACUCGACUUCUCCGCCAACAAGCUCAGCACUCUUCCCGCGACGCUCUUCCUGACCACGUCAACGUUGGCCAUUUUGGAUCUCUCUUCCAAUCGCAUUGUUGCUUUGCCUUCCGGCGUUUUCAACGGUUUGCGUGACCUGGAGGAGCUGCUACUGACCAACAACCUUCUUACCACGCUGCCCGGAACGACCUUGCAGGAUUUGAGCAAUCUGGUUUCCCUCAGACUCGAGGAAAACAGACUGGAGCACUUGCCCGUUGAGUUUUUCGAGGCCCAGAUCCACUUGAGGGAAUUGAACCUUCGGGGGAACCAAUUCACCCGAAUUCGCGACGGGCUUUUUAAACAGUUGUCCAGUCUGGUGGUUCUGGAGUUGUCGACCAACAGAAUAUCCCGUAUAGACCUGAAAGCCUUCGAGGGUCUGACCUCAUUGAAGGAGCUUCAGCUCGGUCACAAUUUGCUAAGGACUGUGUCCCCGGGAUUGUUCAUGCCCGUUGGAUCUCUAGAUCGUCUGGUAUUAUACGCAAACGGAUUGGCGGUCCUGGAGGCUGGAACCUUCAAGGGUCUGACGAACCUGACGAUUCUCCUGCUGCACGCGAACCACCUGCGAGUCGUGCAUCCAGAUCUCCUUCAGGACACGCCAAACCUGCGAAAGCUCCAACUGGAGGCCAACUAUCUGUCCUACUUGCCGCCUCGUUUCCUGGACGGGAUUCCCAGCAUCCGUCAACUGCGGCUGGAGCGUAACCCCUGGCACUGCGACUGCAGUGCUGCCUACCUUUCGACCUGGCUUCGCAAGCGGUACCUUGCUGGUCCCAGGGGAAACCACUUGGCCAGCAACAAGUCCAGCUUCUGGGAGUAUGGCGCCGGCGCCGUUUGCCGAGGUCCCGGUGCUCUCGGUGGGAGACUCGUCGUCGAGCUGUCCUUUCACGAGCUCUGCGAAGGUCAGUGGGCAUCCAUGCGAGGUCUGGUGCCUCGAUUACCGGUCGAAUCGCCCACGACCACCUUACCGUCGACCGUGCUGCAUUGAUCUGAAAGUAUAGUUAUUAGGAAUUAAGAUCUUCAAGAUUCGAGAUUCUAAGGUAUGUGUAUGAGAAUUGAUCGGUUUUUGGAUUCAAAUGUUGCUAAAAUAAAAUGAAAAAAAAAAUAAAAAAAAGGAAACAAACAAGAACGUACGUAUAAUAAAAUUCUAAUACCUACUCAUUAUGGGCAUAUACAAUGUGAUUACCGAUCAUAAUAAUACACGUGUUGUCCAGCCGAUAGCAUGCUCGAUGUUUAAUCCGUUUCUGAACUAUUAGAUGUAGGUAUAGAAUAGGUACUUGAGAUUCGACGCGAUUGGCAUUGGAUAUAUUUCUACGAAGAGUUUAGAUAAGCUGCGGCACAUGAGCUAGUUUUCAGAUUGAUUGUUAUUGUACCGGAGGCUGAUCGUCGGGUUGCGUCUGGCGAAUUUUUGUAUUUCAAAUCUCAUUUUUCAUCCACAAACUAGCAUGUAUAGUAUUAUCGCUUACGAUUCAAAUAUAUCAAUUAUCGCGGAUAGUGGAAUUCUCGAGUAAACUCUAUGGUGAAUAAGUAUACAUCAUUCCCACCGAGCGCUUACGGGCGGUAUUUCUACUCGAGAGCUGUUGAGGCUGCUAAACUAAAGAAGUGGGAGCUACCGUCACUCAGAAGUCACAGACCUUUCAGGU